AUGUCUAAAUCGCUGCGUAUUUUAGUACCCGUUAAGAGAGUCAUUGACUAUGCUAUUAAGCCUCGAGUCAACAAAGCCGGUACGGGUGUCGAGAAAACUGGUGUCAAGUUCAGCAUGAACCCAUUCGAUGAUAUUGCAGUUGAAGAAGCGGUUCGUAUCAAGGAAACACACAAGAAAAUGGUUGAAACUAUUCACGCAGUAUCUAUUGGCCCUGCAAAAGCUCAAGAUAUUUUGAGAACUGCUUUGGCCAAAGGUGCCGAUACAUGUACGUUGAUCGAUGCCAAAGAAAAGGAGUUAGAACCAUUGGCUGUGGCCAAAAUUUUAAAACAGGUGGUUGCCAAGCAGAAUGCCAACUUGGUAAUUCUCGGUAAGCAAAGUAUUGACGACGAUUGCAACAACACGGGCCAAAUGUUGGCUGGUCUACUAAACUGGCCACAGGCCACCAACGCUGCAAAAGUGGAAGUAGAUGCAUCUUCCAUGAUCGUCAGAGUUACGAGAGAAAUUGAUGGUGGCGAAGAGACCGUCAGCGCUCCGCUUCCGCUUGUCAUCUCGACUGACUUGCGUUUGAACCAACCUCGUUACGCCACAUUGCCAAAUUUGAUGAAGGCCAAGAAAAAGCCGAUGGAGAAACUUUCACUGUCCGAUUUUGCCGACGUUCCUACUGACCCAAGACUGGAGGUUCUUAAGGUGGAAGAACCAGCCACGAGGUCCGCAGGGAUCAAGGUUGCAUCGGUAGAUGAACUCAUUGAAAAGUUGAAAGCUAACAAGGCUAUCUAG